AUGUAUGUUCAGGGUGUGGUCGGCUUCUUGGUGUAUUUCGAACUUUCUGCAAUCCUUCUUCAUGUUACGGAUCCCUUCGCACCCAUCGAAAACUUGUUCUGUGCAGUAUUCAUGGGAGGCAUCUGGGAUGUCAAGGACAGCCUGUGUGUGUCGCACAGUCGUACCCAGACAUGCAGCUACGGUAAAGAUUGUCGUUUCGCUCAUGGUGUCGAUGAGCUUCGUCUUCCUGCUCAGCCUCGCGGUCGUAGUCAUUCCAUAAAAUCAUUACUUUGUGAGUUUUCGAAUACUGGAUACUGUAAAUAUGGAGCUAGGCCAUUCGACGUAUUCAAUCAUAUUCAAACAUGCCGAUCGAUAUCAUCAAAUAUCACAGCGAUGUGCGUACUUUUGCUCGACAGCAGGCAGCCAAAACGUGGCAAGUAUAGCAAGAACUAUUGA